AUGCAUCAUACAAAGAAAAUUCUGGUAACUUUGAUGCUUCUUGCAGCAAGCUUGGAACUGGCUGUGGGUGCUCCCAAGGCUACGGCCCCAGCGACAGUAUCUCUCAGAAUUCCUUCGGAGCCGCCUGCCGGUCAUUUGAUUAUUGAUGCCAACUAUCAGUCCUACUCUAUCGAGUUCAGCUACAUGGCAGAUUAUGCUGGCAACAAAUCCCAACCCAACAAGUUUUCCUAUCAGCUCCUCAAAAACCUAGAGGACAUAUCAGGUGCUCUUCCUAUUAUUCGUGCAGGCGGAACAACUUCCAACAGAGUCACCUACUAUCCAAAUCAGACGGAGGGUGUCAUCCUGACGUAUUAUCAUGGAACCUGGGAAGAUCAGCCAGAUGUAGUAUCUAUUGGGCCAAAAUGGCACGAGAGCUUCCAGCAAUUUCCAAGCGGAACAAAGUACAUUUACAAUCUGAACUUCUAUGAUGGGGAAGAGGGGUUGAAACAGACUGUGCUGGAAGCCUCAGCUUCAUGGAAGGCGCUAGGCGAGAGUGUCUAUGCAUUUGAAAUCGGGAAUGAGGUCAAUGGUUGGGCGGGUACUAGCUGCCGUCCCACGAACUGGACGCUCCAAAAGCCACGAUUCCAAGGGUGCGCUUUCACAGCACCGAGGGAUUUGACUGUAUCAAGGGAGGCGUGGAAUGUGGCAAACGCUGUGAGGGAGGGUAUGGCGACAGGCGGGCACUUGCGGUCAGUCGCAGAUCACGAUUACAUGGGAGCGAAUACAGCACCUCUACCAACGCUAAAGGAUAAUCUGCUCAACCACUUCCACAUGACUUCGCUAUUCCGGUAUCAUGAAGCGCUGGGCAACCAGUCCAAGGCGUUGGGCGUGGACUACGUCAUCGGCGAGACGAACUCGAUAUCAAAGCAAGGCACCGCCAACGUUUCCGACGUCUUCGGAGCCGCUCUUUGGAGCGUCGAUUACAUCCUCUACAGUGCCGGAACCAAUUACGGCCCGUUGGAAGCCCUGGUCUCGAGAAUGUACUUUCAUAUGGGCACCCCGUAUCGCUACAGUGCCUGGCAACCUAUCACUGUGAACAACACUGCUCCCUACGCAAAGCCACUGUAUUACGGAAACAUUUUCAUAUCAAAGGUUCUUGCAGGGGGCAACAAGCAAGUAAUCAAUCUGCUCAACUCCACGAGCCUUACGGCGUACAGAAUAUACGCCUCUUCCUCCUCCAAGUAUACCCUUGAAUCUGUCGCUAUCAUAAACUCGCAAGAAUUCAAUCGUACAACAUUGGCUGAUAAAAGAGAAUACACGGCCUUCAAGUUGCUAAAGUUGGACAGGAACUAUGAUUGGGAUACGGCAAAGGUGCGGCGGCUGACUGCGCCCGGUGUGGAUUCGAAAGAGGAGAUUACGUUUGCAGGACAAUAUGUCGAUAUGGCUGGGAGGAUUGUAGAGACUGAGAGAGUCGAAAGGGUCAGUGGUAGUGAAGUGUUGGUUGGUGCUGGGGAGGGGGUGCUUGUCACGCUCUGA